GCUACCGGUUUAGGAAAUUAGAAGGCGUAAUGUAGAUGUUAUGUUCGAAAAAGUAUAUUACUUAACAAUAUAUGGGGUUAAUUAAACAUAAAUGGUAUCGUUUUAUCUUAUAUACAACAGUUAUCGCACCUUUUGUCGUUUGCUACCUCAAACUACACUCGCUGUCAAAUUCCAAAGGACCAAUGAGAGAACAUACACUGGAAUAUUUCCUCAACAAGGGGACGAUACAAAGAAAAGAUGCUGCUGAUAUCGAGUGGUAUCAUGCAGCAAACAGUAAGAGCAAACUCACAGAGGCUCUACGAGGUUAUGCACAGAUGAUCGAAGCAGAUGUACUUCUCAGGGCUCAAGAUCCAAAAGUGCCUAUUAUGGCUCACCCACCUGAUAAUGACAGUGAUAUAACUCUGCAGGACUGGCUUAAAGAAGUUGUGAGAUCAGACAAGGGAAUAAAAUUGGAUUUCAAAAGUCUCGCAGCUGUAUCCCCAUCCAUGACUCUACUGGAAGAGGUCCGAGAUCAGCUGCAGGGACCCGUGUGGAUCAAUGCUGAUAUUCUCCCUGGCCCUAGAGGCACAGCCACCCCUCUGGACCCCCAUGUGUUUUUACAGGAAGUAGCACAAAAAUCAGAAAAUGAUGUUCUCUCUUUAGGUUGGACCACUGGAUGGGACGUAGAUGGAGACAAUCCCGGUUAUAGCUGGGAGAUGAUUCAUCAGAUGGAAGAAUUAUGCAGAUCCCUAAAGCAACCAGUCACUUUUCCAAUCCGAGCAGCUCUCCUUCCCAUGUCCUUCCCACAGUUCCAGUGGCUCUUGAAGCAGUCAGACCGAUACAGCCUGACUGUAUGGACAGGUAAACAUGAUGUUCUUACAGUGGAGGAUCUGUUACUCUACAGACAAAACAUCAGCAAAACCAGGAUUUACUAUGAUCUGUUAGAAUCUCAGAUCAAACAGUUUAAAGGACUACCUGGCUACACCUGAAAAGCAAAUAUUCACUUACUGAUGUUGUCUUUAAGAUGUAAAACAGCAAUAAAACACAAUCUAUAAGUAAUUUAACAAAA